AAUGAUUUAAAUUCUAAAAUGAAAUAAACCUACAAUUUGCACAUAUUGCAAAGUAAACAGCUCAUGUCUUAUCUAAUCAAACCAAACAGGAAAUAAGAUAUUUUUAUUCAACCAUCAGUUCCAUCAGUUUUUCAGCGAGCUUAUUAAAAUGUGGUUCAGUCUCGGUAGAAAUGAAGGUUUUCCUACCAUUUACGGCCCCAAUCAGACGCCCGUGACCGUCGACGUCCUUGAAGCGGGCUUUCUAACGGCAUUUUUGAUACUGCUUCUUACAUUCCUAGUGUCUUUUGUUUCCUCCAAAGUUUCCAAGACAUUUUCCAACCUCAUCCAUGUUGUACUAGCUCUACUGAUUGGACUGCUAUUGCUCCUUGGAAAUUUCGGUCAGGAAUGGGAGGUGGGUCAUAUCAAAUCGAAGACGUCUUAUAAGGCAGGAAGUCCGCAUGAAAUUGACGCCAACAUUGCGGUUAAAAUUGGACUUAGAAGUGUCAACGUAACACUGAAUAGUGACACUAAAAACCUAAAUAACUCGCUGAAACAUGAAACUAUCGAUUAUAACGAAAGGUUCGAAUGGACUUGGGAUCAGGGCCGAUUCGGAUUCGGACCUUACGCUGGUAAACUACAGCAGGAAUUCCGCGCCGCCCAGUACAGAGGUCUUCCCACUCCCAUCCUGUGGAUCGUCGAUUAUUUUGUAAUAGACGGAGAGGGUUAUCGUCACGGCCGUUUCUACAGAACUGCCGGGUGGUACUCUCAUAUUUUAAUGUGGACUGCGUUCGCCACUUGGUUGACGACGGUCAUUUUGUGUCGCUCCGUUAUCGGAUAUGCCGCUUUCUUUUUGGGAUUGACGGGAGCGCUACAACUGACGGCGAAUUUAGUGUGGUUGGUCGUCAGAAAUCCUUCCCAAUUGGUUAUCCCAUUUGAGGAUGCAGAAAUCAGAACAAAGUUUGGAAUCAGUUACUGGAUCACCUUUGUCAAUGGUAUUUUGUGUGUCAGUUUGGCAAUAACUAUGUUCGUUUUGUCUAAGUAUUACGAAAAAGGUUUGCAAUACUUUUUCUGUGUUGAAACAGACGACUACCGUUUGUUGCCUGAAGAACAAAUGGUUUUGCGAAAAAAGAACCAGUAUAGGCGGAACAAGGAUGAACUUGAAAUGAAUCCUAUUAUCCACUCAGAAGAAGAUCCAGAAAUUGGGACAGACCAUUCUUCUGCAACUUCUCCACCUCCUGUUGAAAGACGACAUAAACCUAAAUUCCGUUAGUUACUUUUAUUUUUGAUUAAAAAGUAUUAAUCAAUGAUAGCAAAGUAAUGAUAAUAAAACAAUAACAAAUUCAUAAACAAA